UAAUAAAUAUGGAAAAGAAAGAUAAGACAGGCAAGAGAGGCAAAGGGGAUGAGGAGAAAGCCAGAAUUGCUAUUGUUAAUGAAGAUAGAUGUAAGCCCAAGAAGUGUGGGCUUGAGUGUAAGAGACACUGCCCGGUUAAUAAGACAGGCAAGGUCUGCAUUGAGGUCGAGAAGAAGUCGAAAAUUAGUUAUAUUAGUGAGGUGUUGUGUAUUGGAUGUGCUAUCUGUGUUAAGAAGUGCCCUUAUGAUGCCAUUCAUAUUAUUAAUCUACCUAAGAACUUAAGGAAUGAGCAGACUCAUAGAUACGGACCAAACUCAUUUAAACUCCACAGGUUGCCUAUCCCAAGAUCAGGAGAAGUAUUGGGAUUAGUUGGAACAAAUGGUAUUGGAAAAUCCACAGCACUUAAAAUCCUUUCAGGAAACCUUAAGCCAAAUUUGGGAAGCUUUGAAGAUCCUCCAGACUGGAAAGCCAUCCUUAAGUACUUCAGAGGAUCUGAGCUUCAGAGUUUCUUCACUAAGCUUCUAGAAGACAAUCUUAGAGCUGUCACCAAGGUCCAAUAUGUAGAUGAUGUUGCAAAGCAGAAGAAGGCACAAGGUAUUGUCAAGAAGAAGCUUAAAGCAGCUGACAAAAGAAAAGUAAUGGAUGAAGCUAUUGAAUAUCUUGACUUGGGAAAUGUCUUGGAAAGAGAAGUUAAGAAUUUAUCAGGAGGAGAGCUCCAAAGAUUCAUCAUUGCAAUGGUUUAUGUGCAAAGGGCUGAUAUUUACAUGUUUGAUGAACCAAGCUCAUAUCUUGAUGUUAAGCAAAGACUUAAAGCAGCCCAGGCUAUUAGAAAUCUUGUUCAACAUGAUAACUACAUUAUCUGUGUUGAGCACGAUCUCAGUAUUUUAGAUUAUCUAUCAGAUUUCAUUUGCUGUUUAUAUGGAAUGCCAGGAGCAUAUGGUGUAGUCACUAUGCCUUCUGGAGUGAAGGAAGGAAUCAAUAUUUUCCUUGCAGGAUUUAUCCCUUCUGAAAACAUGAGAUUCAGAACUACUGAACUAACUUUCAAAGUUUCCCAGGAUAAGAGAGAUGAUGAAGAAGAAAAGAAAGAAGGAAUUGUCAAGAGGGCUAAUUAUCAAUAUCCAGGAAUGACCAAAACUUUGGGACCUUUCAAACUUACUGUUAACCCAGGUAGCUUCUCAAACUCAGAAAUUCUUGUGAUGCUUGGUGAGAAUGGUACUGGAAAAAGUACCUUGAUUCACAUUCUUGCAGGAAUUUUAAAGCCAGAUGAUGAGGAUACUGAGAUGCCAAAGCUAUCAAUUUCAAUUAAGCCACAGAAGAUCGCACCAAAGUUCACUGAAUCCGUCAGAAGUUUGCUCGAUAUUAAACUCGGAACAAAGUGGAAUAGUCCAUUGUUCAAAACUGAAGUAUUGAAGCCACUCGAUGUUGAAUCCUUAUUGGAUAAUAACGUUCAAACAUUAUCAGGAGGUGAAUUGCAAAGAGUUGCUAUCACCCUUGCACUAGGAAAACCCUGUGACAUUUAUUUGAUCGAUGAGCCAAGUGCUUACCUCGACUCUGAACAAAGAAUCAUUGCUGCUAAAGUUCUUAAGAGAUGGAUUAUGAACACUAAAAGAAGCGCUUUCAUCGUAGAGCAUGAUUUCAUUAUGGCUUCUUACUUAGCUGAUAAGGUUAUUGUCUUCGACGGUACUCCAGCAAAAGAGACAUCAUGCACAACCCCAGAAGGACUCGUCUCUGGUAUGAACAGGUUCUUGGAAAUGCUUGAGAUCACCUUCAGAAGAGACCCAACCAACUUCAGACCAAGAAUUAAUAAGAUGAACUCCCAGAAGGAUCAGGAACAGAAGGCUUCAGGAUGCUACUUCCUUGUUGACGAAGCCCAGAUCGAGAAAAUUGGAAAAGAAAGAGCAGCCAAGAAGGCUAAAGCCAAAGCUGAGAAGGAAGCUAGAAAACUUGCAAAGAAGAGACCAAGGAAGAAAGAUGGACAAAACGAUAGUGAUGAUGAAGACCAAGAACCAGAAGAAGAUCAUAAGGAAGAAGCUAAUGAAGAGGAUGAUGGUCAAGAAGACAGUGAUGAUUCCGAGGGAUUUGUCUAAUACUCAAUUUAAAUUAUAC